ACAUCUCUCGAAGCAAAAAGGAGAAACAUAAUCCCCUCCACAAUGCCAAGGAUGCUUUUGUUGUUCCUUUUGUUGUUUCAUGUGGAGUAGCUAGCCUGAGAUAGGGUUCAAAGCAGCCUGGCAUUGAUAUGCAGGGUUCAAAACAGUCUGAGAGGCAGAAAACGUGGGUUCAACUGAACAAGAGCUGCCUCCCAGAUUGUUCAGAUGCUAGCUACUUCGACAUGAAACAACACAAGGAUGAAGACGUACUAAUCUGCUGCUGCUGUAAUUAUCACUGUAAUUAUCCUUACACGACCACGCGUACGCGUCUGCCUGAUGUUGUUCAACUAUCGCUGUCUCACUUAUUCCCUUAACAUCCAAUCCCACUCCUGUAGGAAACAAUCAUCAAUGCUGAACUGGGUGAUUAAUUGAUCUUCUGCUGAUUGGUUCAACACCUGCAGGUCAACCCAAGAGAGUGUUAUUUUAGGUAACCAACCACCCAUAAGAGGUCAAAUAAGUAUGAAGGACGCACCAUAAGUGGGCACCUACUCCGAGGAAACAAUUUAAUUAGAGACCAAGACCUAAUAAUAAGAAAACAAAUGACUAAUGCUUCAGUGUAGCGUCAUAUUGUUUACUAAAUGUAACCAAUUCAACCAAUCAACAAACACAACUUGCCUCCUAACCACGCUCCUCAUCCUUACUUGGUUGCCCCCUGCCCAUCUGGACCAGCUAAUCUCUGAUCUCCUUUCUUGGUGUGGUAUCUCUGGGCUCUGGCGACUCCGUUCUUCAAUGCGGUUGAACAAGAGGUGGUUGUUGAUUUCUGUGAAGGGUUGAGAUCGAGAUAGCUUGCAUUUGGUUGCUGAAAUCUUGGGUGCAUUGUUGGCCGGGGGAUCUCGAUCCGUGGUGCGUCGCUCUCCUGUCCUGCAGAUUGGUCGAGCCAACUACAGUUCUUAUUUACCUCACAUCGCAGCAGCGAUGGGCUAGUCGGCUUGUGGGCAUCCAGGAACUGGUGGUCUGUUGAGUGGGUGUGCCUUGCUAAACAGAGUUGACUUUAGAAAGAUGUAGACGCUACCAAAGAUGGACCAGAUCCAGACGUUUCAAGUCUGAACGUGUGUGGCACAAACCAAAGAUCGAGCGACUGUGAUGGAGACCGUGGUGAGCGCCUCCCAUGGCGCCGUGCAGAUACUAUUGGGGAAGCUCGGCAACGUCCUUGCCACCAAAUACGCGCUUCUCAGUGGUGUUCGCGGGGAGAUCCAGGAGCUCAAGGACGAGCUCGAGAGCAUGACCGCCUGCCUCCUCGAGCUCGCAGAUGGCGAUGAUCACAACGAACAAACUAGGACUUGGAUGAAACAAGUGAGGGAAGUCGCGUUCGAUGUGGAGGACUGUAUGGACAGGUUCUGCCAUCACCUCAGCGAGCACCAUGGAAACCGUAAAGGACUCCUCGAAUACCUCCAUAGGAUGUUCAACAUGGUGCGGACAUUGAGGGUGCGGCACACAGUGGCCACCGAUAUCCAGGGCCUCAAAUCUCGUGCCCAGAAAGUGAGCGAAAGGAGGCGCAGGUAUGAUCUAGGCGAGUCGGCAGGACGGUCAAGCAAAGCGCUUGAUUCUUCUUCGUACAGCCACCAUGACAAUCUGGACCGCUGGCUGCCAGCAAUCCAUGGUGACGGGUCUGGGCUAGUCGGGAUGGACAACAUGACUCAUGCCGUGGUGAGGCUGCUCAGUGAGAAACGCCAGGCGGCGGCAGGUCCCCGAGUGCUGUCCAUAGUGGGUUUCGGUGGCCUCGGCAAGACCACCCUUGCCACGACCAUCUACAGCACUCCAAAGUUGGGUGGCAUCCAGUGCCGCGCUUUCAUUCCGGUGUCCCAAACAUAUGAUUUCCGUUCUCUUCUCGAGUCCGUGCUGAAGCAGCUUUCGACUUUGGCCGACAGUGAUAAAGAUGACGAUCCCCUCCGGAACAUUAAAAAAUGGACCAUAAGCGACUUGGUUGACAAGAUCAAACAAUGUUUGAAGCGUAAGAGGUACCUGAUCGUUCUGGAUGACGUUUGGCAAGCAGCUGCAUGGGAUCAGCUAAAGGUAGCUUUUCCUCAUGAUAAUGGUGAAGAGGGCAGCAUAUUAAUUACUACACGCAGUCACGAGGUGGCAAAAAAUUGCUGCACCUCUCCCAAUGAUCCUGUCUAUGAAAUGAAGCGGUUACAGAUGGAUGAUUCAGAGAAGCUAUUCUUCAAGACGGUCUUUGAGUCAGGGAAAUGUCCGAACGACCUGCUGAAAGUCUCCAAUGCCAUUUUGGCAAGGUGCAACGGUCUACCUCUAGCUAUAGUGAGCAUAGGACGAAUGCUAGCUCGGAGGCAAAACAAGACAUCGGCAGAGUGGCAAACAGUACGUGAUAGGCUGGGUUCUGAACUGGAGAUAAACCCCACUUUAGAGGGAAUGAGACGGAUACUUGCUCUGAGCUACAAUGAUCUGCCAUACCAUCUGAAAGCAUGUUUCUUAUACCUGUGUGCUUUCCCUGAGGAUUUUGAGGUCAGAAGAGGCUCUCUGAUUAGACGGUGGGCAGCCGAAGGCUUAAUCUCUGGAAGGUAUGGUCACAGUUUGGAAGAGAUUGCUCAGAAUUAUUUGGAUGAGUUUGUCAGUAGAAACAUCGUCAGCCCUGAACAGAUUGGCUGUAGUGGCAAGAUUAAGAGUUGUAAAGUCCACGACAUAAUGCUAGAAGUUAUCACCGCUAAAUCUGUCAAGGAAAAUUUCAUCUCGUUCCUAGGGAGCAGUCAAUACAACACAACAGCAGGCCAUGACAAGGUACGAAGGCUCUCCAUCCAUCCUGGUGUCGCCAAGGAGCAGAUAACCUUUUCCAGUAAGAACAUAGUCCAUACCCGUUCACUGACAAUUCUGGACAGGAUUGAGAAACCUGUACCCAUCAAAUUUGCUGAGUUGACACUUUUAAGGGUUUUAGAUCUUGAAGGAUGUGGAUGGUUAAGCGAUAAGGAUCUCAAGGACAUUUGCAAACUGUCUCUGCUGAGAUACCUCAGCCUUAGAAAGACAACCAUAUCCCAACUACCUAAUGCAGUAGGGAAACUUAAAGAAUUGGUGACACUGGAUGUAAGGGAAACUCCUGUCGUCGAGUUUCCCAAAGGUAUCACUCGGCUCCAGAAUCUGAAGCAUCUACUUGUAGGCCGUUAUGCAUAUUACACAAGGACACGAAGUGUCAAGCGUUUUGGGGGGAAACGUGGAGCGAAGGUACCACUUGGAUUAGGGAAUAUGGUUGCCCUCCAGAGAAUCUCUCAUGUAGACAUCUCUACACAGAAAAGCUCCUGUGCAAUGCAUGAACUGGAAAAAUUGCGGCAGUUAACCAGACUUUGUGUAAUCAACAAGAAUGAAGCAAAGUUUUGGAAACCCUUUGCCAAGUCUUUGAAUGUGCUUAGCAACUCUCUUCGUUAUCUAAUGGUCCUGGAUGGUUCAGAGAAAGGCGAGGAGCUGGAAUUUUUAGUACGCCUAAAGGCCCCCCCUCUGUUUCUGCAGAGCCUGCAUUUGGGGGGACGGCUAACUAAGCUGCCUGACUGGGUAUCAUCGCUCAACAACUUGGCCAGUCUGUCGCUUCGAGAGACUCACCACUUGGCGGAGGAUUCCUUUGAGGUUCUAGGGAAGCUCCCCAGUCUUGUUUCUCUCAAGCUAUACUUCAGGGGAUAUGCUGGGAGUGCCUUAUGUUUUGAAGAGGACAGUUUUCCCCGACUGAAGCAAUUGGUUGUGGAUAAUCAGGAAUAUCUCCAGGAGCUGAGCUUCCAUGGGGGUUCACCCAAUCUUGAGAGGCUCACAUUGGCUUUCAGUAGGGUGCCCCGUGGAGGCAUUAACGGCAUUGAGAACCUGCUGUGCCUAAGAGAAGUUGAGUUCUUCAGUCACAUUAUAGAUUCUACAUUUAAUGAGGUGUUUGAGGCGGCCAAAAUACAUCCAAAUCGUCCGAAAGUCACCAGGGACGAUCAACCUUCUACGGAAGCUGCACAAGCAAGUUCAGGGGUGGGGUACAGUGAGCAGCAGUCAACCAACCAGCAGGUGGAUAGGCCUGCACUUCGGCGUGAAGAAGAUGACGAGGCAGCGCCAGCUUGGCGUCUGCUGCCUUCUAAGUGUCCUCUGGCUUAUAUACUGUAAUUUGUAUAACUGCGUCCUCUGUAUUUCCUGAACUUAGGUUGAACGGUCGAUUGUUGCGCCAGGUUUUUUGUCCCAUAGGUUGUAUUAUUACAAGUGGUAGUACAACUAGUGGGUUUUCCUGGCGUGCAUCAAACUCGAAUGCCUAUUUUGUUUUUACUUUAUACAUUGUCUUGGUAAUGAAAUUUGAUUGUUGCCUAGUUAAA